AUGGCGAUUCGUUUCUACCGCACCGACUGCCUCCAGGAGCCCCUCUCGCGAGCGGUCCGCGCCUUAGGUGCCUCCGUGGGCACCCACCCGUGGCCUUAUCUCCUGAUGCCUUUGGUGCUUUCGGCCGCCCUCUCAAUCGGAUUCAUCUUCUUACCCAGCCGCCAACCGAACGACCUGGAAGAGCAAUUCACGCCCAUCGAAGGCCCCGCCAAAGUCGAGCGAAGUUUCGUGCAGAAGUACUUCCACACCGACGACGCCAAUCACUUCUCCGCUGAAAGACUGAGCACCGAGGGCGCUUAUGCCACUUUAAUCGCCGUGGCUGCCCGACAUGACGACUCGGUGCUGACAAAGGCGGCUUUCGCCGAGCUGAUGGUGCUAGACCGGGCGGUGCGCGGCAUCCAGGCGGCGGGGCUCUCCUUCGACCGACUUUGCGCGCGCAACUACGGCAACUGCCUCAGCCCCAACCCUAUCCUGAGCCUCGUGCACGACAACCCGGCCCACAUCGAGGUGUUACUGCCCAAUUUAACCUUCCCGCUUUUCCGCGACCGGGUGUUCCUGGGCUUCUCCUUGGGGGGCGUCACGCUGGGCCGGGGCGAUGACCCUGCGCGCCAACUUCUCGAGGCCCGAGCGGUGCGCCUCAUCUACUUCCUUCAGGAGGACAACUCCACGAAACGGGAAGCCAGCACCCUCUGGCUGGAGGCCUUUCUGGAGCGUAUCCCCCUAAUGCUGGACGCCCUGAACCUUACCGUCCUGAAGGUAGCCUAUUUUACCUCACUGUCAAGACAGAAUGAAUUUGAAAAACUUGCUAAGGGUGUGAUCCCAUUGGUCUCCCUCGCAUAUCUUUUAACGAUAGUAUUCUCAAUUAUUUCAUGUACAAGGCUAGAUUGUGUCCGAACAAAACUCUGGGUUGCAUUUUUUGGAGUUUUUUCAGCAGGCUUAUCUGUCAUCAGCAGUUUUGGAUUAUUGCUGCUUUAUGGGGUGCCAUUUGUCAUCACAGCUGCAAAUUCACCGUUUCUUAUACUUGGAAUUGGUGUUGAUGAUAUGUUCAUCCUGGUAUCCUGUUGGCAGCAUACAAAAGUAAAGGAUAGUGUCAAAGACCGGAUGGCUAACACUUAUUCAGAAGCAGCUGUAUCAGUUACUAUCACAACUAUGACAGAUGUUUUAGCUUUCUACAUUGGAAUUGCAACUUCCUUUCCAUCAAUUAGAUCAUUCUGUAUCUAUACAGGAACAGCUUUCAUUUUUUGCUAUAUAUACAACCUGACAUUUCUUGGGGCUGUUUUAGCUCUAAAUGGUAGAAGAGAAAAAAGUAACAGGCAUUGGCUGACAUUCAUGAAAGUGUUUUCGGAGCCCCAAGAUUCCCGGGGCCCUAUGUAUAACCGAUGUUGCACAGGAGGACUUUAUGAUGAAAUUACUGGAACUGAGAUUGAACAUCCCAUGAAUUUUUUCUUCAGAAAGUAUUAUGGUCCCUUCCUUAUGCACAACUGGACUAAAGUGUUUGUGGUAGUGCUAUAUUUAACAUAUCUAGCAACUAGUGUAUUGGGAUGCUUUGCACUUCAAGAGGGCAUAGAUCUUCGAAACGUAGCAACAGAUGAUUCUUAUAUCAUUCCAUACUACAACCUUGAAGAUCAAUAUCUUUCAACAUAUGGUCCAAGGGUUAUGGUAAUAGUUACUAAAAGUAUAGCGUAUUGGAAUGAAUCUGUUCGUGUAGAUCUUGAGAACUGUAUGGGUAUUUUAGAACAUUCAUACUAUGUGGAAAAGAAUUUUUCAGAGUCGUGGCUAAGAAUUUAUGAAAAUAUUGCUAAAAGCAUGUCUCUAGAUUUAAAUGAUCAUGAUGUAUUCAUUACAAAUUUACCUGCUCUAUUCAGAGUAGAUCCCAAUUCUCAGUGGAAUAUUAAUAUCAGUGCAAAAGAAAUAAUAGCUUCUCGGUUCUUUAUACAAACCAUAAAUAUUAGAAAUUCAAUGGACGAGAAAAACCUUUUAACACAGCUAAGACGUUUUGCUGACUUCUGUAGGAUACCACUAAUGGUUUAUCAUCCAGCUUUUAUACACUUUGAUCAGUAUCUUGUUAUAAAUCAAAAUACCAUUCAAAAUGUUCUGAUUGCAGCUGGGGCUAUGUUAAUUAUUUCUUUGCUGCUGAUUCCCAGUCCUGUUUGCUCUUUGUGGGUUACUUUUACUAUUGGCUCUGUGAUUGUAGGUGUGUCUGGUUACAUGGCCUUCUGGCAUGUGAAUCUUGAUUCCAUAUCUAUGAUCAAUCUUGUUAUUUGCAUAGGAUUUUCUGUAGACUAUUCUGCUCACAUAUCUUAUGCCUAUGUUUCCAAUAGUAAAAUCAGUGCACGUGAAAAGGCAAUAGAUGCUCUUUUCCACCUGGGUUACCCAGUUGUGCAGGCAUCUGCCUCCACCCUUGUAGGAAUUUCCGUUCUCUCUAUGGCAGCCACCUAUGUCUUUAGGACUUGCUUUAAGAUAAUGUUUCUUGUUAUUACAUUUGGGACUCUUCAUGGUCUCAUGUUCAUCCCUGUGUUUUUAACAUUUUUUAGCUAUUGUACUUGA